AUUAAAUUUAUUCGCACUACAAAAUCAACUCAUGGAGCCAUAACCUAAACGCUUACUCUUUGUAUAAAAUCAGUUGUAAAUUUUUUAAAUAUAUCCGUAAAAUCACAAGUGUCUUUAUUAACAAAGAACAAUUUUGUUAACAAUGAAAGCUUUCAAAGAAUCGGCUAGUUUAAUCCUAGCAGCUCGUAAUAUGGAGAAAUGUAUUCGUCCAUCGUCGCCCAUAAACUUUCAGUAUAACUAUAACUUACUGUGCCUAAAACGACAUCAUAAUUCAAAUUUUAUGCCGAGUACAUAUGUGUUUCCUGGAGGAGUAGUGGAUCCAUCCGACGCAGAUUUAAAGUGGCACAAUCUUUUCCACACAUUUGGCUUCGACAACAACAGUUUCGCAUCUUUAGCUCCAAACACUGCUGUACGGCCUCGAAUAUUUAAACCAAGACCAAACGAAUUACCACGAGAAGUAUCGUUACGAAUUACUGCCAUUCGCGAAACCUUCGAAGAAUGCGGUAUAUUAAUAUGCAAGAAUUCGCGAGAAGACCAUAAACAUUCUGAAUGGUCGCAGCACAUUGAAAUUUCCGAAAAUGAAUUACACAGUUGGCAAGAAAAGGUGCACAACGAUGCCACAGAAUUUUAUUCGUUGUGCGAAAAUUUUAGAUGCUAUCCAGACCUGUGGUCUCUUUAUGAAUGGAGCAACUGGUUAACGCCGACUUAUUUUCCCGGAAGACGUUACGAUGCUGUUUUUUAUUUGACUUGUAUACCCACUAUACCUCGCGCUAUAUACGAACUUACGGAAAUGGAAGAUUUGCAAUGGAAUGCACCAGGAGAUUUUCUAUUUUCUUCUUCGGGUAUAGUAUUACCACCUCCGCAACAGUAUGAAAUUGCAAGGAUAGCGAAAUUCGAGAGCAUAGACAAUUUGCUAGAUUUUGCAAUUGAUCGAAGUAAAAUAGGUGUACGUUUGAACCUGCCAGUAAAGGUAGAGUUAAAAGAUGGAAAAGUGCAUGUUUUGCCAGGAGACUCGAUGUAUCCUAAACACGCCAAUUUAUUCGACAAACAAAUUAUCGACAGAACCGACAUUACAAUCGGUGAAUUUCGAGAUAUUUCACCGAUAAAAAAUAGAAUGGAAUUUUUCAAUCUCGAAGUCAAGGAACUUUUUGUUCAAAAUUUCGAUUGCGCGGAUGGUCAUUUACCUCCUAUGCAAUUAAAAAAUAUUCGCGUGAAGCAGGCACACAGAAAGCCGAAAUUAUAAUGAUUUCGUUAUACGCGAUACUUCGUCCGUUCAUAACCUCACACCAGUUUGUAAGCGUUCGUGUUCGUUUCUAUUGUGAAAGUUAUUUUUGAACAAAUAGUAAUUGUGAAUAAAUGUGUACAUUUAUACUUUGUA